AUGGCCGAGGAAUUCUCGACUCUGAGCGUCUAUCAACAACAGACCUUUUUCAAGUGGGCAUACUUAACAAUAAUCUUCUACAACACUGGCCUCGCCUGCGUCAAGGUCUCGAUCCUCCUUCUCUACCUACGAAUCCUCAGAGACCUCAAUUACCGCAAGGCAUGCUACGUGGUCCUAUUCAUCGUGGUGUGCGUGUCGCUAUGGACGGUCCUAUCCUCGAUAUUCUUCUGCGUACCCAUCACCAAGAAUUGGGACCGCGCUGUUACGGGCGUCUGCUUCAGCCAGGGCAUCGCGUGGUUCGUCAAUGCCGCUCUGAAUAUCCUUACCGACUUUAUGAUUCUCAUCCUGCCAUUACCCAUCCUGCCCAAGAUCAAGCAGUCCCGGCGGCAGAAGAUUGGAUUAUACCUCAUCUUUGCGCUUGGGUUUUUCCAUCUCAGCAUCUGCGUCGUCUCCAUCCUCCGAAUACCAUCCUUGAUCGCCGCGAAAUAUUCCCGCGAUCCAACAUUAGACAGCCCGGGCAUCGCAAAAUGGUCUGUCGUAGAAUUAAACACAGCCAUCGUCUGCGCUAGCCUCAUCACACUCAAGCCACUAGCCAUGCGCUUCUUCCCCCGUAUGCUGAGCCCCAACCGCGGUGACGUUGCCCCACAGCACGGUCCCGGAUCCGAAGAGAUACCUGCGACUGUCGGGUCCAAGGAAGCGCGAAACGGGGGCGCGAAGCACGGCCACGCGCGGGUAGUGUCUGACGGUAGCACCAUCCAGCUCAACCACGAUACCUUUGGAGGGGAUUCCGUGAUGCAUACGCAGCAUACGCAGAGCUCGCGACUAAGUUCUGCGGGCACGUCGGACCUGGAGCAGGGGAUGAAGGGAUCGGCUGUCGAACUGGAAGGAGAGUUGGCGAUACGAACGGAUAAAGCAUGA